AUGAGUGAGCGAGGGAAGGAGAAGACGCACGGCGUGUUCCAGUGCCUCUAUCGCGGGUUCAUCCACACAGAUUCCCCGGACGGCAAGUCCAUCCCUGGCGAGGCUGCCGUCCAGAAGGCUCACUCCAUGCUCAGUCGCAAACGCAUCAAGAAAACCCGAAAGCUACACCCGCUCUUCGGCCGCGGCUUUGACACGCCGCUGCUUAUGACCAUCCAGUCCGGUGCCGUGCGCGUCGAUCUGCCAAGCGAUGGGAAGACGCAGGGUGCAGUCGUCAUGAACUGCCAGCUGCAUAAGAUUGCGUUCAUCAGCCACGUUGCCAAUGCGGUCGGCAUUGUGGUGAAGCGGCCGGGCAACGGCAAGUUCAAGUGCCAUCUCUUUCUUCUCGACGACGAGGACGGGGCAGUGGAAGUGUGCCGAUUGCUCAAGAAGGUGACCAACGAAGCGUUCAAUAGGCUUCGUCGAGUGAGCUGCCGCCUGCGCAGUAAGCAAAUCAAGGAGGGUCCACCGGCUGUUGCAACACGCAAACCUUCGCUGGCAGAUGAAGAUCAGCCGUGGUUUCACGGGCCCUUGUCACGUGCGCACGCUGAAGAUAUUUUGCAAGACUAUGCAGCAAUUGAUGGCCUCUUUCUUGUUCGCCAACGUGAAGGCAAAGAGAAUGAGUUUGCUAUCAGCUUUGUGGUCGGCGGCAUGGUGUUCCACAAUCGUGUGGAACGCAACAAAGAGGGGCUCUACGUCAACAGCAAAGGCACCGUAUUUCCCAGUCUGCGGAUCAUGAUUUCUGAGUACCAGAAUCGCCAUCCUGACAUGCAGUGCAUCCUCACGGAAUUUGUUCCUCGGGACCGCGUUGGCGGAGGGGUGGAGUAUGCCAACGCGGCUGUCAUUAAUCAAGCACGCAAGACGAAGAAGCAGGCGUCGUUCUCGCGGUGGAGCGAAUCGGAUGUGCGGCAGGUGCUGGAGAACCUCGACCAGCUUGAUCUCGACGGCGACGAUGCACCGCAGGACGACACGCCAAAGGUCGAGGACCUCAAGGUGGCACCCUCUGACGUGCAAUUUGACCCCAUUUUCGAUGACGUUCGCUUCGGGUAUGUGGACUCGGUCGUAUGGUCACACCGCACUGUUCCUCAAGGCUUCCAAUUCGGCAACGAGUUUGUGUCGCUUGUGAUGAGUGGAAACACCGAAGUGAUUGAACCGUCAGAGGAUGUGAACUUGGACAGCGAGUGCUUUGAUCUCUCGUCCAUGAUGACCCACCUCGACCAAGAGGACGAGUGCUGA